GGUUGAACAAAAGCUUCGUCCCUAGAAACCCUAGUAAAAUACGGCACAGUAAUUUUUCUCUGCUCUUCCUUCGGGUAAGGAAGCGGUAAAGAGAUGACAUCCACUGCGAAGAAGGUGCUGCUAUGGUUUUCCGCCCUCUUCUCUUCCGUUCCAAUUCGCCGCCCAGGGCAGGGAUUCACUUGCAGGGUCUGUUUUCAAGAGCUAAGAGGAGAUGCAUUCAAAACUGAGUGCUCCUGCAAGGGAGACCUGGCAAUCGGCCACAAGAAAUGCAUUCGGAAGUGGUUUGUCUUGAAGGGGAACAACAUUUGUGAUGUCUGCAAAGUGGAGGUGAAAAAUCUUGCCAUCACACCUGGCGCUGCUUCAGACGGGUUUCUCCCCAGGAUUUGGAAGUCAUCCCUUCUGUUUUUUGCGAGCACCCUAUCAUACUUUUGCUUUCUGGAGAAUACUUUGGUGCGUGACACGGGAAUAGCUAGGCCCCUUGUCUUUUCGCUACCUAUUGCUAUCUGUAUAGCCAUUCUGUUAUGUGUCAUGGCUUCUUCAAGGGGAAACACGAGGUACACAUGGGCUCAUGCUUUGUCCUACGUUUCUGUGGUUGUACCAUUUCUUUAUACAUAUCGUGACGCAAAUGCGAGUCUUCUUUUCAUCUACAUCCUGAGUGGGCUGAUGCUUGAGAUUUUGACAUGGAAUUCCAUGAGGCGCAGUCGAGCUCUUUUGCGCCGCCUUGAGAGUAUUUGAGCAGAUGGUAUCAACUGAUUAAGAGUUCAAGAAAGACCGCUCCUGCCCGUGAAUAUGAGUGCAUGGCUCACCACUCACAUUCCCCAAGAACUCAAAGUCUAUUUCAUCAUGUGUGACAAAUAAAUAUGAUACUCUACUAGCUAUACAUAAACUUUGAUAAUUGAGCACAUUGAGAAAUCUAACCACUCUAGAGCAUUUCAUACUCCAGCAUCCAAUCUGGUUCAUCACUUUAUUACCCAUUUUAAUUGGAAGCUAGGUUUCAAAAUAGCAGCAAAAUCAGCAUCAAACAUAUAUCUUAGCAAUAUAGCCUAUAUGUAAUAUUCCCAAAUGCUUCAAUAAAGAAUAUCAAAUUGU